AUGCGAUUCCCGGGAACGGAGGGUAUCCGCGUGUGGAGACCAAACGACAAUCAGGACACCGGCCUCCCCUUCCCCGGCACAAAGGAGUCAAUCCACAGUCGCGUGCGGGACUGUGAGGACGCCGGCGUAACCGGCGCGGUUGAUGAAUUAUUAAGGCGGCCCGAUGUACCGACGCCACGUUCGCAGAGCGCAAGGACUGGAACGAUCGGUUCCGUACAUCGCCGAACAAUGGCCAGUUGUCGCCGCAACCAAUUAUCCGGCAACAAUCACCAAUUAAAUCAGCGCGGCAACAAUCACCGACCGUAUUGGACCCCCCUCGUUAUUAGAUUCGUCGACGGCCUCGACCGGCCCACCAUUGUCUCUAUCAAAUUUGACGAUUUCGAUUCGACCUGCCGACGUCCGCCGCUU